AUGUCGGCUCCAAACAUCCCACAACCAUCUAUCUACAUCCCACAACCAUCUUUCUACAUCUCCAAAUUUGAACAUGGAGUUGCCAAAGGUGCUGCCGGACUCAUUGGCAACGAUUCUCGUGUCAGACAAAUAUCGGUUUCCAAGAGUUUCAAUGAAAAUAGGAAUAAGUCUGACAGCGUUUGUAGUCUCCUUUUCAUGCCGGUCGUCUAUAUUCCUGGUGACAAAAUGGACAAUCCAAAAUACCACAAUAAUCCUACUUUAAACUUCCUUGAACAGGACCCAAACCACAAACGGGCUAUUUCCGAUUGUUAUCAGCUUCAAAUCGGAAGGACGGACCACUUGAGCUUCUCCAGUCUCUUAAGCAGAAUGAACGCUCCCACUCUUGAUGGCGACAAGGCCCUUGCCGGAUGUUGGUAUGGAACUACACUAGGAAACCCACAUCCGGUUUUAUACAAAAUGGAUCCUUUGUUAGUAUUAUCUGGAAUUCACUCGGCAACUUUUGUUCCACUGCAGGGUUGCUUUUCCCUUGUCUUCGCCGCUCCAAAAUGUGAAGACAAUUCCGAACAUUCCCACAGUCUUGAAGACUUGCCGAGAUUUGGAUCUGUAGUUGGGGUGGGCCCUGAAACAAAUUAG